AGCAGUCAAAGCAAAGUUGCUUUGUUUUGUUGUUGUACCUUGGUACCUAUUGCGUGUGUGUGUUGCAUUGUGUUGUAUACCAAUUUUUUUAGUAUUCUCGUGACUUUCAAUAGCUCUUUGUUUCAUAUCUAAUCCAAUAAGUAUUCAGCAUAAUAUUAACUGCUAUUAAACUGUACUAAUUAUGUUGAAAUUUGAAAUAGUUUCCUCUAGAACAGUGGAAGGAGAUGAAAAGAAGUUUGUGGCUUAUAUGAUGCAAGCGAGUCGGAAUAACAAAGGGGCAAACGAAAUGUAUGAUGCAGAUCCAGCUAAUGUGGAAAGACGAUACACACAUUUUCUAGAAUUAUACAAUGGCCUGAAAAAAGAAUAUCCCGCUUUGCUUGGUAGUAUAUCGUUUCCUAGAAAGAUGAUGGUGGGAAAUUUUGACCCAGAAUUAAUAUCAACCAGAUGUGCAGCCUUCGAGUCAUUGCUGGAGUUGAUAGCAAGUGAAUCAAGAUUGAGAGAAUCCCCAGUGACCAUUAUGUUUUUCCAGGAUUCUGAGCUCAAAGAGGCAAAAAGGCUCAUACAAGAAGAGAAGUUCGAGAAAGCCCUGUCUAUUUUAGAAACCAGUUUCAAACUAUUGAAUAAGGUGUACACGGACCGGUCGCGCGCGGUGCUGUGCGCGCUGUGCCGGCUGGUGGCGUGCGCGGGCGCGUCGGGCGGCGCGCUGGCCGGGCCGGCCGAGCGCUGGGCACAGCUCGCGCUGCGCCGCUACGAGGCCGUCAGCGACAGCGACCUGCUGCUCAUAUACGUACCCCUGCUGCAUACCUGCAUCUCUAUAUGGGAGACCUUGGGCAGGGACAAAUCAAAACUGGUUGAAGAGUUAAAUGCUCUACGGAAAAAAGGAAUGAAGGUGGAUUCAGUGGCCAGUCUCAUGGAUGCAGUAGAUGAGUUGAAUAUAACUGUGUAGUCUUCCCUUAUGAUCAAGUGCUUUAACUCAGCUUACUGGAAGUCGAACAGGAAAACAUUUGUACGAUUGGCGAUAUCUCUAUAUCUCAUUAAGUUCUCUAUGCGGCGAUAGUCACGUCCGUUGCUAUCUUGGAUUUAUUGGCGAUUAAAUAUAUGUACGAUCUGAAUUGCUUGCUAUGGUUGCUACUGGGUGAUACUGGUAAUGCAGUCGAGGCUUUGGCGUAUAAUCAGUGCAGAAUAAUUUACGAAAAACAUACUGUGCCUCGUAUUUAUAAAUAGUUGAAGCUUAACCUUUUGUUAUAAAUAAAAGCAUUAGUCUGUAAAUGAAAAAUAGGUAGUUCAAAAUACCAUAUUGAUUGUAUGAUCUACUGAUUUGAUUCACUGACUGUUUCUUUUAUAUUUGAAAAAUCAUUAAAAAUGAACUAUGUACUAUUCACGCGUAGAUUUUUUAAUUAAAGUUUUAAUAUACAUUUGGCAUGCUUCAGAUUUUAAUAUUACAUAUCCACAGUCAAUUUUAAUAAUCUUCCUAUUUUACAGUUAGGCGUGAAAUUGGCAUCUAGAAAGAAAUGUAGUGCUUUACUAGUCUUAAAAAUAGGUCACAAUAAUUAUUGUAAUGCGUAUGCAUUACAUAACAUAUUAUAUGUUUAUUCGCUUUUUAAACAAUUAAGUGUAUAAUUGAAAGUUGAUUGUCAACCAAGAUAUAACUGCCCACAUAAGUUCGCUUCGAAGGCGUUGCUUUAUUUGUAAGAAUACCGAUACGUGUAUAUUACGCGACAUGCCUCGUUAGGAUACAUCACAAGAUUUUGCAAUAGAGUAAAGCUUGACUAAGUAAUCAAAAAUGAAUGAAAAUCUCACAAUUAUUCACCUAUUGCGUAUAGGUUAUUACAUUUAGAUAUUAGUCGAACAUAAAUCUCAUUUAUUUUUGUAGCUAUUAGAAAGUAAUAUAUUUGAUAGACAUUAUGUAAAAUGUUUUUAUUAGCUUUAAAGUGUCAUUUUUGCCAUUUUUUGUUGUUUUUAAAUUGUACUGUACCAGAAAAAUAAUUGUAAUGAUUUUGUUUAUUUUAGGCCAACAAUUAAAACCAACAAAUCACCAAAUAUGAUUAGUAUUGUAAUGUUAUUUUUGAAUCGUUGAAAUGGAACCAAAAACAUAAAAUUGUUACUAAAAUGCUACAUGGUCCUGAUUUAAUCUGUAUAUAAGAAAUUUAAGCAUAAUUAAGUACUAAUUUUGCACAUAUUGUGAUAACC